CCCGGUAGGGGUGGAACAUUCUGAUGCCAUCUUGGGAGCAAAGAAAGAAAACAACUGACUUUGCCCCAACUGACCCUGAGCUGCUUAUGUUUACUGGAAUGAACUUCAUUGAAUUUUCUCCCACUGGGCUAAAUUAGGUCUGGAAUGAGAGUUAGUUGUUACAGAGGAACAGAUACAGUGUCAUUUCCGGCAUCCCCAAAUCUGUGGACUGUGACAUUUAUGUUCACUUUUUGUUUUUGUUUCAAUUUGGACAAUAUGACCCAAGCUGGCCUGACAGUGAGUGAGGACCCUGCUCAAAGUCCUUCUUUCCAGCCUUUGUGACACCAUGGUGAGUCACAGAGGUCCUGCCUGUCCCUAAGAGAAACCUUCUCCCCUUUCCUGGUGAUGCCCUUACCCCCAGGCAGAGUUUUGCUCCAUUGGGGCUGAUGGGGGAGGAUGGAGUUUCUUGGAACCACUCAGACUGCCAGUUACUGUGGCCCCAGGAAAGGCUGUGACUCAAUCCAGAGGCCGUCUACUGUGCAGGCUCCUGUGAUCCAGGAGUGCUACCAACCGUAUCACCUGCCCGGGUACCGCUACCUCAACUCAUGGAGACCCAGCCUCUUCUACAAGAUUUCCACCGCCCAGACCUGUCCCGAUGAGUGUCGCAGUGCCCUGCGUCCACCCACCGUCCUGCCUGCACUCCGCUCUGCACUCUUCUGUCGCUACAGCCCCCACGACUGGGACCAGUCCAACCAGCUGCAGCUCCGCGGGGCCGAGGCCUCACGGCUGUGGGCCAGCCGCCUGACAGGUGACUCCAUGCGGCUCAUGCAGGACAAGGAGCAGCUGACACGCCAGAUGCAGGAGGGAACCUCCUGGAACCUGGGCCAGAGGCUGUCGGACAUCGGAUUCUGGAAGUCCGAGUUAUGCCACGAGCUGGACCGGCUGCUGACUGAGAACCGCAGCAUGGAGACCGUCAAGAGGCGGCUGGAGUGUGCUGCUGAGGAGGUGAACUGUCCCCUGCAGGUGGCCCUGGAGUGUCUGUACCAUCGGGAGAAAAGGAUCGGGAUUGACUUGGUCCAUGACAAUGUGGAAAAGAAUCUUAUCCAGGAAGUAGAUUUGCUAAAAUGUUGCCAAGAACGGAUGAGACAGUUAGCUCAAAGAGUUGAUAUCCAGAUGCGGGAUAACCGAGAUGCUCAGCACGCUCUGGAGAGGGACCUGGAGGACAAAAACUCAGCCCAGUUCAUCGAUGAGAAGUGCUUUAACCUGAGAAACACGUCGGACUGCAUCAGCUACUUCCAUGGCGUGGAGAAAGUUGAUGGCACGGUCUCUGUGCCUGAGACCUGGGCCAAGUUCAGCAACGACAACAUCAAGCACUCGCAGAACAUGCGCGCCAACUCCAUCCGGCUGCGGGAGGAGGCCGAGCACCUCUUUGAGAACCUGUCGGAUCAGAUGUGGAAGCAGUUCACAGACACCAAUCUGGCUUUCAACACACGUAUCUCUGAGGAGACAGAUGUGAAGAAUAAACUCCAGACACAACUGGCUAAGACGCUGCAAGAGAUCUUCCAGACGGAGAACACCAUCAUGCUGCUGGAGAGGUCCAUCAUGGCCAAGGAGUGCCCGCUGAAGGUGGCCCAGACACGGCUGGAGUGCCGGACCUGGCGCCCCAAUGUGGAGCUUUGCAGGGACAUCCCGCAGUUCAAGCUCGUGAAUGAGGUGUUCACCAUCGAUGACACUCUGCAGACCCUGAAGCUGAGGCUGCGGGAGGCACAGGACACACUGCAGCUGCUGGUGAUGACCAAGUCACGGCUGGAGCACGAGUUGGCCAUCAAGGCCAACACCCUGUGCAUUGACAAGGAGAAGUGCAUGGCCAUGCGCAAGACCUUCCCCAGCACCCCUCGCCUGGUCGGCUACACCUGUGCUGCCCCCUGCGUGGGCCCUUGCACCCCCUGCCCUGCCCCGGUUUGCUAAACUACAUAAGGUUUGAACAGGCCAGAAAACAAAAGAAUCAUUUUCUCCCUAUCAUGAAAAUAUAUAUAACAGGCAAAAUAAAUGUGCCCAAAUCAAA